UUAAGCAUAGUUUUGCAUGUCAACAGUGGCCCAGCCAUGGCCGGAGAUUCUAGGAUCUUCAUGAACCAGGACAUGGACAUCGGAGUUACAUCCAGAGAGCCUAAGAAGAUUCCCAAACAGGCUCGGGAUGAUGUCCCCAUUGCCACUGACCGAACCCGCCUCAUAUCAGCAGAAGGUAAGAAGCCACGUCAGCGUUACAUGGAGAAAAGUGGCAAGUGCAAUGUGCACCAUGGAAAUGUCCAAGAAACCUAUCGAUACCUUAGUGACCUCUUCACUACGCUGGUGGACCUCAAGUGGCGUUUUAAUCUUCUUGUCUUCACUAUGGUCUACACCAUCACUUGGUUGUUUUUUGGGUUCAUAUGGUGGCUCAUUGCCUAUAUCCGGGGGGACCUGGACCAUCUUGAAGAUGAGAACUGGAUUCCCUGUGUUGAAAAUCUCAGUGGAUUUGUUUCUGCAUUUCUGUUUUCCAUCGAGACUGAGACGACAAUUGGGUAUGGCUAUAGGGUCAUAACAGAGAAGUGCCCAGAGGGCAUCGUACUGCUCCUGAUCCAGGCUAUUCUGGGCUCCAUUGUCAAUGCGUUCAUGGUGGGAUGUAUGUUUGUCAAGAUCAGCCAACCAAAGAAGAGGGCUGAAACCCUCAUGUUUUCUAACAAUGCAGUGAUUUCCAUGAGGGAUGAGAAGCUCUGCCUCAUGUUCCGGGUUGGAGACCUCCGCAAUUCCCACAUUGUCGAGGCUUCCAUUAGAGCCAAACUGAUUAAGUCCAAACAGACCAAAGAAGGAGAGUUUAUCCCCUUGAACCAAACGGACAUCAACGUGGGAUUUGACACUGGAGACGACAGAUUGUUCCUGGUGUCACCUCUUAUCAUCUCGCAUGAAAUCAACGAGAAAAGCCCCUUCUGGGAGAUGUCCCGCACCCAACUGGAGAAGGAGGAGUUUGAAAUUGUGGUCAUCUUGGAAGGAAUGGUGGAAGCAACAGGGAUGACUUGCCAGGCUCGCAGCUCCUACAUGGACACCGAGGUGCUGUGGGGACAUCGCUUCACUCCUGUCCUCUCCCUGGAGAAGGAUUUUUAUGAAGUCGACUAUAAUAGCUUCCAUAGCACUUACGAGACCAACACUCCUGUGUGCUGUGCCAAAGAGCUGGCUGAGUCUCGCCGGGAAGGCCAGCUCCUCAGCCACCUCUCCAGUGCCACCCUCCUGAGCGGAGGCAGAGAAGCAGAGACAGCAAAAGGGGAAGAGGAAGAAGAGGAAGAAGGCAGGGAGCCAGCAGGAUUGAAUGGAGCCAAUGGGACAGCAGGAGAGGUGAAAGAAGAUAUGCCUGUAUAA